CUACUUCCGGGAUUUAAAAGCGGUUUCCGGAAGCCGGGACGGCGUCCCCAUGACAACCGACGUCGGGGCUCGGAGGCCCUUGUCUUCAAGGUAAACAGCUCUGAUCUGAGGAACUAGUGCUUCUCCCUCAGUGCUGGGGAGAAAGCCAGGAGCUUUCUUUUGGGAAAUUGUGGAAUGUGCCCCUGGGGGCCCAAUAAAGCAAAAGGAAGAUGCUCCAGACCAGUAACUAUAGCCUGGUGCUCUCACUGCAGUUCCUGCUGCUGUCCUAUGACCUCUUUGUCAAUUCCUUCUCGGAGCUACUCCGGAUGGCUCCUGUCAUCCAGCUGGUGCUCUUCAUCAUCCAGGAUAUCGCAGUCCUCUUCAACAUCAUCAUCAUUUUCCUCAUGUUCUUCAACACCUUCGUCUUCCAGGCUGGCUUGGUCAACCUCCUAUUCCACAAGUUCAAAGGGACCAUCAUCCUCACAGCUGUGUACUUUGCCCUCAGCAUCUCCCUUCAUGUCUGGGUCAUGAACUUACGCUGGAAAAACUCCAACCGCUUUGUCUGGACAGAUGGACUUCAAACGCUAUUUGUAUUCCAGAGACUAGCAGCAGUGCUAUACUGUUACUUCUACAAACGAACCGCUGUGAGACUGGGUGAUCCUCGCUUCUACCAGGACUCUUUAUGGCUGCGCAAGGAGUUCACACAAGUCCAAAGGUGACUGCUUCUUGUCACACUGAUGGGUGCCUUUCCUUCCUGACAGAGGCCACAUUUAUGGCUCUGUGGGGUGGGGUUUACCCUAUGCACAGGAAGCAAUGUGACUUUCGUAGGACAGGCUCAGACCACUUGUGUUUAGUAGUCAAGAAGGAAGAUCUUCCCUCUUGCAAAUUAAAGUGUUUCCCAAUACAGGCUUUAGUACACAACCCUCUCUGGCCUCCUACCUCAGUUCUGCCCCUUUUCCUUUCCUGCUCUCUACUUCUCUUCCUCAUAGAAGGCUGUGAGGCUUGAUCCUUAGGAAGCUAUCACUUAGCCUGGUACAGGAGGGGCUCCUGGCACCUGGUUUCUUUGCAGCAAACAUAAUUAAUGGAUGCAAAGAGUGAUAUUUUUGAGCUCCUAACUCAUCACACUGUAGACAUUUAGAUUCUAUACCCAAGGCACUUUUUUAACACUUUAUAAAUAGGAAAUAAAUUGAAUUCUUUUUCCAUAAAUGGUGGAGUCUGUCUAGUGUCGCAGAUAAGAGGUAUAUCAAGUCCUGGCCUUAGCAUUUGCUUGACCCAGUGGGCAGCUUCAGUCACAGAACAAACACAGGUAUUACUGAAUGCCAUUAUGAGUACAAGCUAUUUUUGUAGAAAUUCAGAAUGCAUUCUGAUGCCCCGCCCCAACCCUUGGAAUUCCAGAUUUCUGUGCCUUUGUUUUUUAAAGAUUUAUUUAUUUAUUUUUACAAAUGAGAGCAAGAGAGUGCUCGAGUGUGUGUACAUGCACACACAAGCAGGGGAGGAGGAACAGAGGGAGAGAGAGACAAGCAAACUCCACACUGAGCAUAGAGCCUGACAUGGGGCUCAGUCUCAAGACCCUGAGAUCAUGACCUGAGCCAAAACCAAAAGUCAGACACUUACUUAACUGACUAAGCCACUCAGAUACCCCUGGACUUUUGUGCUUUAUUCAGACUCUCCCCACCAUCAGAGCCCUAAACUGCACUCAGAAGAAUAAAAAUCCCUAACCUGUUUUGGCAAAAAAAAACUUUUAAAAUUCAUGUGUUCAUGGUAUCAGUUUUCUAUUGCCAGAAUAAUAUGUAACAGACCACCACUGAACUUCAGUGGCAUGUGACAAUAGUUAUGUGGCUCUUGAGCCUUGGGGUUCAGCUGAUCGGACUGGUUUAGAUGAUUUCUGCUAGGCUUGCUCAUUUGUGUGUCAGCCAGGCAGCUGUGAUGAUCUUGGGAUUUGGGGCUUUUGGCAAACCUAGGCUGACCUCAGCUAGAAUGACUGGGGUGUUCUGGUUCUCAUGAGUCAUCCUCCAGGGACUAGCCUGGGUUCAUUCACAUGACAGUGGCAAAGGAGCAGAAGAAUAACCCCCAUUGUGCAAUACUUACUUCAAGCCUCUGUGUUGUGUCUCUUAGACUCCCAUUGGUCAAAGCAAGUCAUAUGACUGUGCCCAGAGCCCAGGUAGGAAAGCACUACAAAAUGUCCUGGUAAAAGGCACAGAUACAGGGAGGGCCAUGAAUUGCAGCCUAACCACAUCAGAAAGCUCCUCUGUGAAACAUCAUUCAGAAGUAUUUUAGCAGGGUUUGGCAAACUUUUUCUAUGAAGCACUAGAUAGAUUUUGAGGGCUAUGUGGUCUUUGUUGCAACCAUAAGCAUACCUUGCUUUAGUGCACUUCACAGAUACUGUGUUUCUUACAAAUAGAAGGUUUGUGGCAACCCCGUGUUGAGCAAGUCUAUUGGCACCAUUUUUUCUAGCAGUAUUUGUUCGCUUUGUGUCUGUCACAUUUUAGUAAUUCUUGCAACAUUGCAAACUUUUUCUUUGUGGUUAUAUUUGUUAUGUCCUCUGUGACCAGUGAUCUUUGAUGUUGCUAUUGUAAUUAAUGGAAGCACAAUGAACCACACACACGUUAGGGAGAAAAGUUAGGCCAUAGAUGUUCAGCAUGUUGUGACUGCUCCACCGACUGGCUCUCCCCCAUCUCUCUUGCUCCCCUCUGGCUUCCCUAUUCCCUGAGACACAACAGUGUUGAACUUAGGCAAGUGAAUAACCCUACAAUGGUCUCUGAAUAUUCAAGUAAAAGAAGAGUUGCACGUCUCUCACUUAAAAGCUAGAAUGACUAAGCUUAGUGAAGACGACCUGUCAAAAGUCAAGAUGGGCUGAAAGCUAGACCUCUUGUGCCAAACAGCCAAGUUGUGAACGUGAAGGAAAGUUCUUGAAGGAAAUUAGAAGUGCUGCUCUGGUGUUCCCACAAAUAAAGCAAAGCAGUCUUGUUGCUGAUACAGAAAAAGUUUGAGUGGUUUGGAUAGAAGAUCAGACCAGCCUCAACACUCCUUAUAAACCAAAGCCUAACCCAUAGCAAUGCCAAAACUCUUCAAUUCUAUGAAGGCUGAGUGGUGAGAAAGCUGCCCAAGAAAAGUCUGAAAUUAGCAGAGGUUGGUUCAUGAGGUUUAAGGAAAGCAGCCAUCUCCAUAACACACAAGUGCAUGGUGAAGCAGCGGCAGGACUGCUGAGGCAAGACCCUCCUCCAGCAAAAAGAUUAUGGCUCACUGAAGGCUCAGAUGAUUUUUAACAAUUUUUUUUCAUUUUUUUAAAGGAUUUAUUUAUUUGUGGGGAGGUGGAGAGAGACUCUCAGGCGGACUCCCUGAUGAGCAUGGAGCCCAAGGCAGUGCAGGAAUGGCCCCCACAACCCUGAUAUCAUGACCUGAACCCAAACCAGAGUCAGAUGCCCAACCUACUGAGCCACCCAGGUACCCCAGCAAUUAUUUUUUAAUUAAGAUAAAUAUGUAGGGUAUUUUAGAUAUAAAGGUAGUGAACACUUUGUAGAGUACGGUACAGUGUAAACAUAAGUUUUAUGUGCCCUAGGAAACCAAAAAAUUCAUUUGACUCACGUUAUGGCAGUAUUUCUUUAUUGUGGUGGUCUGGAAUCAAACCUAUAUUAUCUUUGACAUGUGCCUGUACUCCACUUGGGCAUUGUAGUAUGAAAGGAGCCAUAGAUGAUUUGUCAGUGAAUGGAUGCAGCUGUGUUCCAGUAAUACUGAGGACAAUUUGAAUUUCAUAUCAUACUCAUGUGUCACAAAAUAUUUUUUGUAGAUUUUUUUUAACCAUGUAAAAAUGUAAAGCUAUUCUUAGCUCAAGGGAAAAACAGGCUAGAUUUGCCCCAGGCCAUAGUAUGCUGAG